AUGUCUGGAUCAAAGCUUUUAGCUCCAUUCAAAGUUCCAGCGUUACCUUUGGGUCGCAACAACAUCUUGUUUCACUCUCAUAUCCCAGGCCGUUCCCCACUGCAUAGUUCGAUCAACAAGCCCAACGAGCUUAUAACAGCUGCCCAGAAAACUACUGCUAAGCUGCAUAAGAUGUGGGAAGCGCCAGAAAAGUCAGUAAAAAAGAGGACAUUUGAUCUCAAGACAUACCGAAUACCAAUCGAAGAGAGUUUUUGUAUGUCUUUGCCCUCGCUCAAAGGACAUUAUUCAUCCUCAUUAGGCGAGGUGGAAGUCGCCUUCGUUGGAAGUUUACAGCAGAGAGAUACAGAACAGAAAUUGUAUGCUCUUGCCAAGAGUAGAGAUGCGUUUCAUAGACGUUGGUUUGCUCUGUCUUGUCUGUGUCUUCCAUUCUUUUUGAGCCUGAGUGUGCUGUCACUAAACACAAACGCCGAUGCUGCUAAUGAUGAAACAAGCUCCAUGAUCAGCAAGUGCCAGGCAUCUCAGAAAGAUCAGGUUGCAUUGUCGAAACGAAAGCCUGGUGUGUGGGCGGUGGGAACCAACUCCAAAAACUUGACUGGUGAAGGAAAUGUAACAAAGGGUUGGAACUUUUUGAAGUCGUUUGAGAAUAUGGUCUUGAGGCAUAUGGCUGUCGGUGACAAGCACGGCGCUGCAAUCUCUCAGGAUGGCGAUCUUCUGCAAUUCGGAUACACGGCACCACGAGUGACUAUACGUGGAAAAGAUUUAGUCCAAGUAGCAAUAGCCUCUGACUAUGUAGUCGCACUCAGCAAAAGCGGUGAAGCAUUCGCAAUUCCAGCUUCUCAGUCAAAGAGAGAUGCUGUUAUAGCAGCCAGAGAAAAGCUACGAGCUGCGGGUACGUGGAAGGACGAAACGAGCUGGUUUACUUCAUCAAACAAGGAUGAGGGUAAAACCAAACUAGUCUUGCCAAAGGGCGAAAAGAUCACUUCAAUCGCAUCUGGGUCCAACCAUGUAGUUGCCCUCACGAAUAAAGGGAAUGUCUACAGUCUAGGAUUGAAUCCCGCUGGAAACAAGUCGGGACAACUCGGUCUUGGUCACACGGUCCCUCCAACAUCAAAUGUAGAAGAUCCUUCCAUACCAUCACUCUCCUUCACUGAAGUUGGCGCACUCGAUGGGUGCAACGCAGUCAGCGUUGCUUGUGGAGACGAGCACACUCUUGUACUGACGAAAGAUGGUCGCGUCUUUGCGCAUGGGAGCAACAAUGUUGGGCAAUUAGGCAUUGGAACGUAUGGGGAAGGCAAUCUUGUUAUAUCAACGCCUGUGGAAGUUAGCACAUUAUGGUCUAGUAAUGUUCUAUCGAAGAUACCAAAACCUCUCGAUGCCAAAGUCUCAUUAAUUGCUGCUGGCGGAAACACGAGCUUGUUUGCAGUAGAUCGUCCAACAUCUGUUGAAGUAUUUAGUGCCGGUAACGGACUUAACGGUCAGUUAGGAAAUGGAGCUUACACCCAUGCUCAAUACACUCCAACGCGAGUGAAGCAGUUGUCCGGUUUGGUGGAAUACGAUGAAGUCAAGAGAAAAGCUCAGCCAAUACGUAUUGCUCAACUCUCUGUAUCUUCUACUCAUUGUGCUGGGGUACUUGACACUCUACAACACGAAGAGUUUGGUCGUGAUUGCCUUGUAUGGGGCAUGAAUGAAAACUGGAACCUUGGCACGGGGAACCGAGCUUCCACACCCACGCCAGUAUAUCCAUACAGCUUUGACUAUAAUGCUAUUGGAGUCGAACAGGCGGACGUUGAUACAACAUUAAAUCGUUUGCAUAUCGCUAGCGAUGACAAAAUUCAGCCUGGCACUGGAAGAGCUGUAAUAGGGAGGCAAGAAAUACUCUGUGCAAAGGGUGCUACUUUUGUAUAUACACACAAGCUUAUUGAAGGCCAUCUAUUUGGGUACAAAUUCACGCUACCAACACCUCCCAAUAUUAUUGCUACCACCAGUAUGCUCCUCUGUGUUUCUCAACCAGGCUUGGAACUGGCUAUGGUCACAUUGACACGGUGGUGA